AACUGCUCUGCCGCUCAGUGUUCCUAACCAGAUGAGGAGAAAUCUCUCUGGCUUCAGCCACGGUUCCACAUCUGGAGCCAUACAAGAUGAUAAUCUACAACCUGCUUGAAAAAUGCGGCCUCGAGUCCCGCUACAAAUAUUUCUUUGAUUCCGGUGUCACCGAUGGGUGGGACUUCAUCGACAGAGUGAAAGAUGAUGAUCUAAACAAAGAGGGUUUCACACAAUUGGAGAGGAAAAGCUUUGAAAACCUGAAGGACCUUGUGAGAAGCAUCAGAGCGAGGCCAGACCCAGGGGGCCAUGGACAAGUCGCCGGCAAGAAGGAGGAAUUCAGCCUUCAAUACACAUACCCAGAGUGUCCUGUGCCAAGAAAUAUCCCAGACAUGGAUCCUGCACAGAACACAGUUGAAGAUUUGAUGCUGCGGAUUUGUCUUGAAAAUGUCGACAACAGUAAAGGUGUCUGUCUGUUCACAGUCGACGGAAUGCCCCUAACCGAUGACCCCUUCCUCAACACAUGGUCCUUAAAAGCCAGACAUAUCAAGGACAAAGAUAUACUCUAUGCCAUAUUUACACCAGUGCAGAACCUAAAACAAAAAAGGUGUAUUGAAAAACCAGUUGAAGAAGCCCGAGGAGAGCACAUUGUUAAAUGUCGCAUAAUGCUAAUGCCAAAGGGAAACUUUGAUAUCUCUGUAAACUUGAAGAAGGACACAAUUAAUGAUUUGAGAAGAAAACUGUCGCUUGAAAGUGAAGUCCCCGUCCAAGUUCUACAUUACCAAGGGAUUCAUGUUGUUGAUAAGAUAUUGGCAGAUUGUGGCAUCUCCGAAGACAGAAGGUCAACAGUUACCUUUUCCUUGUCCUCGUUCCACGACGAACACCAGGACUAUAACUCAUUGUUCGAUAAUGAUGUUACACUGUCUAAGCCUCAAACCAAAAAAGGGCAGAGUGUGUUCCUCGCUUUACUGUAUUCUGUUAGAGCAAAAAUGAUUGGAGGGGAAUCCAAACAUUUGAUUGCUUACAUUUGGCAACUAACUGGAUGUAACCCUCUGGCACAAAGCCUGUACCAGCUGAUCUCCAGGAAUGACUAUGUAACCAGCAUUCAGAGGAUAGCAAUCUUUGAGGGACUGUAUCUGCUGUUUAGAAAACUUUUGCCAACACCUGGAAAACACACAGAGGAGAAACCGAUAGAGGACACGGAUGUCUUUGAGUAUUCAUCACACUGUUGGGCAUAUCUCAUAACAUAUGCCAAGGAGGAGCCAUUGGCGGAUGAAAAACAUGCACUGAUACAACUGUCAUCUGAGGAUGGACAUCGUUUCCAUGAACCAGUCGUCCUCGUACCUGGAACAGUUAUCUUUGAAAGAGCUGAUAUCCAACGAAAGAUCGAUGGCUCUCAGAUACCCUUGGAGAAAAGAUCACUGAAGAGGCACACUGAUCUGGAGAAGGUCUUGCUCAGCCUGCCUCCCUCCUUCAAAAUAUACUACUCAUGGAUAUCUGACGGCGACAUGCUGGGAGUGAACUUUCAGGUGGAUGUAAAGGACACAUUUACCAACAUGACAGAGAAACUGACAGAGUUCCCCUUCCUGAGAGUGACACCUCCACUCCACCUCAAGGCAGCAGGGCAGCAUGGGCCAUUGCCUGUACUUCUGAGUGAAGAUAAUCUCGGCAUUUGUCUGUGCAAAAAUAAACAGCAGCCAAAACAGAUUCAAGUGAUGAAUUUUCUCAGUGGUAAAAAAGAACUUGUGGAUUUGGAGGAACUAGCCAGCAGAAUUGGUAAUCUUUCGGAUGACCAGAAAUUGCUGACUUGCAGGACUCCAAAAGAAGCAAUACUGGUGCUGAUGGAUACCAGUUCCUCCAUGGAGGAGGAAUGUGAGCUGAAAAUGAGGAAAAUAGAUGCUGUGAAGGAGCUAUUUGACAGCUUUGCAUCAAGGACCAUGGCCUAUGAUUUCUAUCACGUGAUUGGCCUCGUGGGGUUCAGCACAGACGUGAAACUCCUGCAUACAUUUAAAGAAACUCUGGAAACAUUCAAGCAAUCUCUGCGUAACCUUCAACCGAAUGGCCGGACUGUUCUGUACGAUGCCCUGCAACAAGGAGUGAAGGAAAUGGAGGAAGUGAAGAAGAGGUUCCCUGAUUGUAGACUUCGCAUCAUAUGUCUCACAGAUGGAAACAAUGUUGGGUCAACAGUUAAACCUGAAACUGUUGCAGUAAAUCUGAUCAAAUCCAACAUCAUUGUUGAUUCCGUCUUGCUUGGAAAAGUCGAUAACAACAUGCUUCAUGGAAUCAGCAUCGCCACAGGGGGUUGCUGUUUCAAGCCAGAAACACUGACGGAUGGCCUCAAACUUUUUGAAUGUGAGACUGUUCUUUCUUUGGAAAUGAGAAAACCCAGGAAAAAACUUGAUCCAUCCUCCAUCACAAGUGAGACCGUUUUAACAAGCAUCUUUGCACAACAAGGCUAUGAUGACCUCCCAGAGACCUCUCUGCCAAGCGGGUUUAACAACACAGUGACCGUUGCACAGAAUGCUUUCAAAAGUCUAAGAUCGAAAAAAUAUUCCUCAAUGGAGAGGGGCAAACGUGUACUAGAGGAGUUGAGAAUCCUGCAUUGUCACCCUCAUCCCUACUUCAGUGUCUUCCCAUCCGACUCAGACUUCUCGUUUUGGAAGAUUCUGAUGCAGGGUCCCCCUGCCACGCCUUAUGAGAAUGGCACCUUUAAACUGUACUGUCAGUUUGGUCCGGAUUAUCCCGUGAAGCCUCCAACAAUCCGCUUUGUGACAGCUAUUUACCACUGUAAUAUCAACAGUUCUGGGCGGAUAUGUCACCACAUAUUUGACCACGGCUACAAUGCCCACAUCACCAUGAAGGAGAUCCUAGAAGCUGUUUAUGGACUGCUCAUCGCCCCUGAGGCUGAAGAUGCACUAGACAGCAUUUUGGCCGAGAAAUUAGUUUCCAGCCGUGAGGAGUAUACACAAGAAGCCAAGGAACAAACCGCCAAAACCGCCGCCAAGUCCUUCGAUGAAAUGGAGCAGGAAUUGGUUGGUCAGGUUCCUGUUCCGAUGGCACCCAUGCAUUUGUCAUGUUUUAUCACUGGGAAGCUUCUUGUGGACCCUGUUAAAACGAGGUAUGAUACAGUCUACGAGCGAAGGGCCAUCGAGGAUUUUCUUAAAACGGGAAUGUUUGAUCCACAAAUGGGGAAAGACAAUCCGCUCGGGUUGUCAGAUCUCACACCAGAUCCAGAAAUGAAGCAGAGGCUGACGAAAUUCCGACUUCAUCAAAUUGGGAAUGGCAAAUACUUAGAUAAUUUGUCUGCUUUCUCACUGUAGUUAGCAGCGACAAACAACAUAUUUCCCAAACUUGAUGGAUACCAUGCUGAAAACCUCUAUCAAGCCUAUUUUCAGCUAUUCAUUAGAAUUAUAACUAUUCUUUUACUAUUUACUAUUCUUUACUGUGUGUUUUUAGACAGAUCUGUUUUAAAUAGACCAAUGUUCCAAUAAGGAGCUACACUUCUAUUUCCUAAACUCAGACCGUACUGUCUCCUGAUGAGCAAUAGUUUCAAUCAUUUGUAUCACUGUUGAUUUCAUUUUUCUAUUUUACGCCACUAUAUCAUCCCAUGUGAAUUAUUUGAUGACAUAAACAUACUUAGAAUGUGUGCUUGAAAUAUGCAGGAACCGCAUUCUUUUACUUAUAGAAAUUAGUCAUCAGCUCAAAAACCAAAGAAAUAGAUCAGGCCCAUAUGGAACCUGGUUGUAACACAACCUAUUCGUUGAUUUAUUUUAGUACUCUGUGUGUAAUUCAAUGUUCUUUUGUUUUAAUAAUGUUGAAGCUCAAAGUCCAGCAUUUAAUUUCUGAAUGAAUUGAUCAAUUAAUCGAUCAGUUUUAAAUCAUGCUUAUUUCAUAUGGACAGUAAAAAAAAGAUUCAGCGUAUCUUUUUCACUGGGGCAGAUAUUUGUUUAUCACCUAUAUCUUAUUAAGGCUACUACUUUUAUAAUAAAUAACAGCCAUGGGGAAUAAAUAGGUAUUUUUUCUUGAAAUAUAAAACCCUAAUUGCAGUAUGUUUUGCAGCAAGUGAUUGGUAAAUAUGAUUGGUUUAAUCCAGAGUUCACAUCAUUAGUUGUGUGUUUUUAUUGAAUAGUAAGGGUUAGAUGAGACAGCAUAAUUAAACCUACGUUCAAGUAAACUUUGUAAUUUUAUGUGAUUCAAACCAUGCCAAAUUCUUGCCAUGUAAUUUGCCUUUGUAUUUGAAACAUGAAAUUGGAUCAAGCAUUUUAUGAGAAAAAACAAAAAUAGAGUGCACUAUGUAACAUUCAAUUUAAACCCUAAUAAAGUCAAACUUUUGAAACCAAGAUAACAUGCUGCAGCUUCUACAUGCAAUGUCUGUUUGUUCCUUUAAUUGUUGAUGAUUACUAAUUGUAUUAAUAAAAAUCAGCAGUUUUUACUUUCCACUAGAUAACGUAAUGUCCUCUGGGCCAUGUAAUACAAACUCUGUAUUAACUUUUAUUUAAGAU